AUGAGUUGUGGAUGGAAUAUCAUAACAAGUGUUUAUGAAAAUUUCACUUCAUCUAAUCCAAUCAGUGGAGUAGGAUUGAGUAUUUAACAAUGUCUCACUUAUUCUUCUUAAUGCGGAGGUUACUAUGGAGCAAAUUGUACUUCAUCCACAACUAUUAUUUGUGGAUCAAUGUCACCAUCUACUUGUAGUGGUACUUACGGAUCUGAUGGUAUAUGUAUAUGGAAUCCAUAGAUUACAGAUUCAUGUAUAGUGUAACAACAUGUAGUUAAAAAAAUAUUUAGCAAAUUUGCAGUUAUUAUUCUGAUUAUUGUUAUUAUGCAAAUAAUUAAUGUUAAUAACUUACCUGUGCUAAUUUUACAACACCUGCGUCAUGCAAGUUUGUAAUUUCAAUAUUUAAUAUUGGAGAAAUUUAAUUAUGUCAAUGGUCUACAAAUACAUAAAAUCCUCUUGUAUUAAUUUAUUUACAUCUUCAGAGCUUAAUUCAGUUAAUGUUCAGCAAAUACAGGAUUCACUUAUAGAUGGGUUCCAACAAUAAUUUAAAAUAGUUCAACACUUAGUAAAAAUUGGUAUUGUAUAAAUUUAUAGGCUAUACUAAAUUUUUAAUGAAUAUCAUAAAUAUACUUGGAUAAUGCACUUGUAACUAAUUAAUUUACUAGUAUGAUUGUUUAACAAAUCCUUAAUGUUCUUGGUCAACUGCUAUCACAACCCCAAGUUGUUAUAAUAAACCUUGCAAUUAAAUUAUUUAAUAAGGAAUUUUGCAGUUCAAAUUCAAGAUGCUCUUGGUCAGCAAUUUAAAAUUUAUGUAAGUCAUUUUCAUCAUGUUCAAAUCUAGAAUGUGUUAAUUCUAAAGAAUGUGCUAGUUAUUCAAUUUAUUGUGCAGAAAUAUCAAAAACAUUUUUACAAUUUUAAUAAAAGUAUAUUUACACACCAACAUCAAAUCAAUGUUCAGUUACACCUUCUUAAGGAACUGUAGGAGGAAAAACAAAACAAUUAUGUUUUUUUGGUUUUACAAACAUGAUGAUUUUUCUUAAAUUAGAAUUAAUAAUUAAUAAAAUAAAAGUUAAAUAAGAACAGAAUCAAUAAUAUUUGUUAAUAUAACCCAAAUAACUAAAAAUGUACUAAAAUUACUUUGUGUUCAGAUAUUGCAACUUAAUAGCAAUGUCAACAAUUUAAUCAUGUUUGUUUUUUCUUUUGGUAAUCAACCAAUGAGAACAACAGCAACAGCUUCUUGUGUGGCCGCAAGCUGUAACAAUUUUCCUAAUAAAUAAUAAUGUACCUAUAUUUUAAAUUCCUUAUCAGCUACUAAUGUUACUUUAUGUUAAUGGUAAACAAUUGGUGUUUGUAUUGAAAGUACAAAUACCAAAAAUCUCUCUUCAACAAACUGCUACUCUAACACUUUAAUGAUUUCAAGAUGGAGUUCCACUUAAACUAAUUCUGGUUUUUGUGCAACAUGCAGCUCAUACAGUUAAAGUCAAACUUACAAAUCUCCAUGUUCUUGCAACGAAUUGUCCUAAUAAGAAUGUUUAUUGACUUAGCAUAAACAUUAUAAGUUAAUAAAAUAGUUAAAUAUGAAUCUGGAUAUUUUAGUAAAUUUGAUUCAAGUUUUAUCAAAUUUGAAUAUUUUGAAUCAUAUUUUUUCAAUGUUACUUAAUGAUUUUAAAAUGAAUUGGUUAUUAAUAUUAACUUGA